AGAGCCGGUAUGUGUAGCAAGGAUUCUCCCGUGUUCCUUCUCUUGCUGGAAGACUUGUCGUCCGAGUGACACCGUCGCUCCCUACCGCGCACACUUUACUCACUCAAACUUCCGCUGCCAUGGAGGACUCGAGUAGUUGACGUUUCCUGCUGCAACCUUCUCUUUUUAAGCUUUCUUCCCGUUCGAUCACUGAGAACUGUGCACCGGUUUUAUUCAACUCUUGACGAUUUUUUUCUCUGUACUCCGGAAUCCAUCCUACCUGACGACAUGAAGUACAUCAUUGGCAUUGGCGGUGUGACCAACGGAGGGAAAACCACCCUCACCAACAGGCUCAUUAAGACCCUUCCAAACUGUUGUGUGGUCCACCAGGAUGACUUCUUCAAGCCCCAGGAUCAGAUUGAAGUUGGUGAAGAUGGAUUUAAGCAGUACGAUGUCAUCACUGCUCUGGAUAUGGAUGCCAUGAUGAGCACCAUCUACGCAUGGCUGGACAAUCCGGUGAAGUUCGAGAAGUCGCAUGGCGUUAAUAACACCCUGGAUACCGACAUCAUCCCAAAGUCUGACGAUAAGGAGGAGGAGACUCACAUCCUCAUCGUCGAGGGCUUUCUGCUCUACACCUACAGACCAUUGAUCGACGUGUUGGACCAACGUUUCUUCAUUUCCAUCCCAUAUGAAGAAUGCAAAAAGAGGAGGUGCUCUAGGAACUACGCGGUGCCAGACCCCCCCGGCCUGUUCGAGGGUCACGUCUGGCCCAUGUACUUGAAACACAAGACAGCCAUGGAGGUAUCAGGUGUUGACGUUUUGCAGAUUGAUGGAACCAAGUCAAAGGAGCAGCUGUUCAACUUUGUUUACGGUGACAUCCUGAAUAACAUCCAGACAACAUUUUAAAGGUUGUACGUUUUGGUGAAGAAGAGCAUAUACUCAGCCUGCAAGCAUAAGACCGCCUUGCCUUAAGUUUUUAACCUAGCAGCCCGUUUCCUGGCUGUUAUGAGUAACAUUAUUUACAUUUAUUUUGUAAAUGUUUAAUUUUACAGCAUUUCUUGCUGACGUGAUUUUCUAUCUGCUGUAUUUAUUGCUUUUUUAAAGCCUCACUCCAAAGCGAGCUGGAUGUUUUCAGAGGAUGGUUGCACUUUGUUGCUGAUGUCAAUAAAAAAAGAUCCUCCUGUUUA